AUUUCUUGUCUUUUUUUUCUUUACAUUUAUCUUUUGAUCAAUAUGCCCAAAGUUCAAAACAAAAGGACUUUAAAAAAUACGACAAUUGGUAAACCACAAAUCACAAAGAAGACUAAUAUUAAUGAUACUACAAUAGAGGCAUCAGUGUCCAACAAACCUAUUAUUAGUAAAGCAGCGAAAAAGAAACAACGGCAUGAAGAAUGGAUGGAAAAAUUGGACUAUGCUUAUGCAGCAAGGAAGAAACAGAAAAAGUUGGAAAAUCGACAAGGUGCAUUGAAUAAAGGAUUUAACGAUUUUGAACUUAUUUUACAAACCAUUCAAAAGGAAACACCAGAAACAAAUAAUACAUCAUCAACAAAUACAACUACCACGCCUCCUGCACCUGGAUCCCAUAUUAUAUCCUCUGAUAAAAUCAAAAGUAAAUCAGCUAAGAAGAAGGCAAUGAUACAAGAAAUGGCUCGAUUCCAAAAAGUGAUGCAGCAUAGUGCGUUUAAACAAGAUCCUUUAUCAACCAUCAGACAACAUGUACAAAACUCAUUCAAGUAAAUAUAGAUAAUAUGUCAGAUGGUACCUUCAUUCUUUUUAACUUAGACUCAAUAAAAAAAAAAACUCUAUGCAUUCCCUUAUAUGACAGACGGAGUUAUUAUGUUUUA